AAAAAAAAAAAACAGCAUUUGGGGGGCUUCAACCAGAACAAGAGCGUGUAAAGAAUUUUUGUGAUUAUCAAAGUAGUGGCUGAAUUUUAUUGUCUUUUUAGAAAUGGAUUUAACAACUGGUCAUCUCAGCUCUCACUAGACAGGUAUGAUAUUUGAAACUGGAGGCACAAAAGUAUUAUCUGGACUUGUAUGAAGGUUGAAGAAUGGAGUUGGCCAACCAUGGUCUUAUCCUGCUGCAGCAGCUUAACGCUCAGAGGGAGUUUGGCUUCCUGUGCGACUGCACUGUGGCUAUCGGAGACGUCUUCUUCAAAGCCCACAAAGCUGUCCUCGCCGCCUUUUCCAACUACUUCAGAAUGCUCUUCAUUCACCAGGACAGUGACUGUGUGCGCCUGAAGGCUGCAGACAUCCAACCAGAUAUCUUCAGCUACCUCCUCAACCUGAUGUACACAGGCAAGCUUGCACCCCAGUUGAUAGACCCUGCACGGCUGGAGCAGGGGGUCAGAUUCCUGCAUGCCUAUCCACUCUUGCAGGAGGCCAGCCAGUCUGUGUAUUCACACCCUGAGCACAGCAUCAACCUGUCCACCUCCCUCUACGGCAUCCAGAUCUCUGACCAACAGGUAGCGCUGUCAGCCAGGCUGCCCACUCGGCGGCAGCUGUCCUCGCCGUUUGACAUGGAGCAGCACAGCUCAGAGGGGAAGUUUCCGUCCACGACGUCUGCCGCAGUUUCUUAUGCAGAUUGCUUACCGUCCAAGCUAGCUUCCUCACCCCUCGAUGGGGAGGCCUCAACCAGCGGCACCAAGCCCUCAGCUGAGGAGGGGGGAAUGGACUUGAUAAAUGCAGAUGGUUCCUCAGUCAAUGCCAUCCUCCAUGUAAAGCCAAGCAUCAUGAAGAGGAGCGCCUCCUUUAGGAAGCAUUACUCCUGUCAUCUGUGCAGCAGCCGAUUCACCCAGAGGAGCCUGCUCAGGGAGCAUCUCCUCCAGCACACACAUGCUCUGCAGCAGGUGCCAGCUGAGCCCAGCAAUGAACUCUCACCUGUCAUGACUGCAGAGCAAAGAAUGCUCGAGGUAGAGGGGUUCCUUAAGGGAAGCAAGGCGGGGUCAAGUGCCUCAGCUUCCACUACAGCAGUGGAGAUAAUAAGCGACAGCGAGCAGACGCCUGUUUCUGGAACCAACUCGGACUCUCCUCGAGCAGAGGUCUCCACAUCCAGCUGGGGAGUUGGAGGAUUAAAUUCUCAGGCAGACACACCGCCUCCGUCAGACAUCGCGGACAUCGACAACCUAGAGAGUGCCGACUUGGACAGAGAGGUGAAGCGGCGGAAGUACGAGUGCUCCACCUGCGGGAGAAAGUUUAUUCAGAAGAGUCACUGGCGUGAGCACAUGUACAUCCACACGGGCAAGCCCUUCAAAUGCAGCGCCUGUGGCAAGAGCUUCUGCCGGGCCAACCAGGCAGCCCGGCACGUGUGCCUGAACCAAGGGGCUGACUCCUACACCAUGGUGGACCGGCAGAGCAUGGAGCUGUGUGCAGCAGGCGACGACAGCAGCCAGAUGGAGGCGAUGUUCUUGGGCUCAUCAAAACCUUACAAGUGUAACAUUUGUGCGACCACCUUCUCCAGUCCAAACGAGGUGAUCAAACACUUGUGCUUCACCCAAGGGGGAUUGGUCGGGCUGCAGGGAAACACAGGCGCAGGGAUGGUUCUCCAGCGUGAAGAGUUUUCCAAAGAUGAGGGCUCCGAUUUGUCCAACUCUGGCACCCCACUGGAACCCAUAAAGACUGAGGAGAUCCUCGUAGAGUAGUGCCAAAACUGUGUAUUUGUCCUUUUUAACAUGUAUGUUUAUUUUCUAAAUUAUGGUUAAUAGGUAAGCUAAAGGUGAAGUUAGUCAGGGUAUGUAUGUUGGAAGCUCCCAAUUUACUAAAAAUAUUUUUUGGAGUAUAUUUUUGAAUUUUUUGGCCCUGAGUUUGACAAAAAAGUAUAUUAGAUAGUAAAGUUAAUAGCCUGUAGCUCUCUGGAGUUCAGUCCCACAUUAUUAGAAAAGCAAAUAACUAAGGAAGAGAAAGUAACUAUGACCUUGUCUUGUCUCAUCAUUUCGUAGUUGCAUUGGUAUAAAACUCAUACAUGUCAGGCUGUACCACGCUGUAGUUCUUCUUAAGAACCGCCGUUGUGGUAAGGCUGCAGAAGCGGACUUUGAGUAUAAAAGGAAGAGGAAGCAGAGACAGCUCCGGAAGAGAGAGCCGGUUAUGAGAUGAGUUGGCCCUGUUAGAUUUGAGAGGAGAAAGAGGCGAGAACUACUAGCGAUGCCUGUUCUGCACAUCAGGUAUAGAUGAUGAUUCCAGCUAAAAAGCACACAAAUUAUUCAGAGCUGAGACAAUCUGUGCUCUCUUUUUGAGUCCAUGCCUGAUAUACAGGAAAGUACAUUUGUCUUCCAGUCGUGUUUUGGUUGACUCGACAGAAUGGAUACCCUCAAGCGUGAUGUAAUGACCGUUAUUCGCAUUGUUCUCUGCAACCGUCCAGCUGUUUUACUCUGUGUUUCGUCAACUGUGCUAGGUGUGAGUAUGGUUCCUGUGUCAUUACACCGUAUUAAAGCACAAUCACUCUGCAACAUGUUCCAUACAGACAGGAGGCUAUCCUGCACAAUAUUCUACAUCUUUAUAUAAUUUGCUCGAACCUACAUCUAAAAAAAGCCCUUAAUUUUCAUUUGACAUGCUUUUCUAAUUUUAUAUACAGCGCUAUAUUUACAAAGAUUAUAUUGCAAAAUUUGUAUGUAUAUUAAUAGACAAAAAGCUUCUAAAAUAGGAUUCCAUUUGGUUUAGAGAAAGUUUAUAUAUUAGGGAUGGGCAUGAUGGAUUUAUCUUAAUCUAUCAAACAGGUUAAAAGUGGUUUGAAUUAAAUAGAUUGCUUGGGAUUUUAAGUCUCUCCCCCUAAUUGCUGACCUUGUGCAAAGGGAAACAUUUUCUCUGUAUUGUUACGACCUUCUGACCUUGAUAUUUGUUCUUUAACGUGAUCCACAUCAGAAAAAGAAGAAGUAGCUGGUAGAAAACGAUGAAGUUUUAAAGUACAACCAGUCAGUGUGGAGGUUGUACGAACUCAGUGUGACACAGGAAGAAGUAGCUUUAAGAUGACAGGUUGAUCUCUACAGGUGUGUCAUGGGAAUAUACAAGAUGCUAUUUAUUAUCACCCACUUCAUCAAUUACCUGAGAUGACAGAAACACCUUCUAUGUACUACUGAUGACUGGAAAUUGUGAAGAAUCUUUACAUGCAUUUUCAAUUGAUGUGUAGCAGGUGUAUCAUUUGUCGUGCUGAAACAUGUGAAGUAUAACGGUAGCACAGGUAGCAUAAUUCAGGUUGUUCCGGAGCAAAAUUCUCAAUUAGGCUUGUGUCUGGCCAAGAUGAUCGAGUUUAUGCAAAAAUGUAUAUUCUUCAUAUAUAUCAACGAGCAUCACUGUUUUCUUUUUGUUUGUGUCAUGGCCAGCUGUUUUGAUAACCGAUGAAUCGUUUCCGUCACUUUCUUUAAAAGAAAAAAAUGUUUCUACUUCUAAAAGAUAAGUUCACCUAAAAAUGUAAAGUCAGUCAUUAUGUUCUUACCUCCAUGUCGUUGGAAAGUCAGGAGAAGUUUCAUCGUCCAGCGGCGGAACAUUUCUGGAGCUUCACCGCAAAAACAGUGUUGUAGCAUUCUCCUAAACAACUGAAGUAGAUGGGGAGUUGAAAAAGAAAAAAAUAUAUAUAUAUAUCUGGAAGCCCUGUGAUCCCAAAUUGAUCUUAAAAGACUUUAUUGAGCCAAAUUCUUCACUGUAGCUGCUAAGCUGAAAGAGUUAGUGCACACCCCAUCUGAAGUGGGUGCACGAGCUCAGGCGUGCUUUGAGUGUAAAUAUUGUUGUUUUAAAUCAGUGUGGGAUUUCUGGGCAUCUGGAGACUCGGAUCACACUGUUUUUUUUCCCGUUGUUUCUUCCCCGGUGUGAACAUUGAGCAUUUUUUCACUUUUUUUUUUUUUUCUUUGGACAUUUUAAAGACCAAACAAUUAAUCAUGAAAUUAAUUGUUAGUUGCAAUCCUACAUGUCAAGACAAGUACACAUAACUGAUAGAAAUAAGGUGUUUUUAUCUUUACAUAUUUGAAUAUUAAGUUUAAGUUAUUUUGAGUCCGGUAAAACUGUCUUAAUACUGUUGUUAUUUCUUCUCGUGGAAAGAUAAAUUCUACAUUGUAACGUUAUCACUGCAACAUAUAAACUAUAAAAUGAGUGGUGACAAUGUGAUCUAUCCAUGUUUAUCCAACCCCUAUUUGCAAAAAAAAAGUCUAAUAAGUCUAAGUGUCCUAUUACAUCCUAGAGACAAAUUUGAUCCCUCAUAUCAUGUUAAAGGAAGCUUGUUAAGGAAGCCACACAAACAGCUCAUUAUUGUGUAUUUGAGAAAGUUAUUGUAGUCCUUGUUGAAUUUAUCGACUUUCAUAUAUUUUAAUAAAUCAAUGGAAAUAUAAAACAUACGCCCAUCCCUAGUAUGUUUAAUGCGUGUUUUUUUAUAUUUGUUUUGUUUUGAGCCAAUCCACCCAGCCUCAAGUACAAGCUGUGACAGUGAGGAUGAGUCCCACCUCCAAUCCACUUGAUUUUUUUUCUACUCCUGCUAUGUCAAGUAUUGAAAAGCAGCUGCCGCUUCGAUGCAAUGAGCCCAGUGUUUGGCCAGGUGGAGCUGUUUUUCUCUUAAUGUCAACUCAGGUCCAGUGAGAAGGCAGGGGUGGCUGUCAGAGUUGAGGUAGUAUCUUUUCUAGUGUUUUUUGGUAUAGUUGCCCGUUGGUAUCAUUUGACCGUCUUUGCCAUAAAUCAAUAUCCCAUCACAUUUUGGUUCACAAAAAGAAAAAAAAAAACGUGUGAAAUUGAUCUAAUGAGUGUUAGAUAAUGACGAACAUGGAAGGAUUCUUGUUUUGUUUGGGGAUUUGAAAUGCUGUACUACUGACACACAGAAAUAUGCACAUCUUUGUGAAAAAGUUGAAAUCCCUCCUCAGCUCAAGUUGUAUUCGUUCUUCUGCCACACCAGUCUUGUAACUAAAUGGUCGUGUAUGUGUGUGGGUGUGUUUGAACAUCUCUGUAUCUCAGGAAGAUGAGAAGUUUCACAUAAUGUCUCUUCUGUCCUCUGUCCUCUCUCAAUAAUCAGUCAUUUCCACCCCAUGAUCCCUCUCCACAAUGCCCAUCUGACAUCUACUGUGAUCAAUCUGUGUUCUCAGGAAUGUGAGUAAUUUUCUGUAUAAACAACUUGUUUUUUUUCCAGUGAAGAAUGAACAAUAAAAACAUGUCUUUUUUA